AUGACCAAUUUAGUCAAAAGAUUCUCUAGCAAUGACGGAAACGAACAAAUUGGAGCGGUAAAGCAAGAAUCUUUGAUAAAUGGUUCGUCGGAGCUCCGGAAAGAGUUGGUCGCCGGUCGUGGGAUCGAAGCCAUCGUUAAUCGUCUGAGUAAAUGGGUUGUGUCUGCUCUAUUUGGUUCAAUCAUUCUUCUGCGACAUGAUGGUGCAGCAUUGUGGGCUAUCAUUGGAUCGGUUUCGAAUUCUGCUCUCUCCGUAGUACUCAAACGUAUACUUAACCAAGAGAGACCGGCGACAACCUUGCGAACUGAUCCCGGGAUGCCGUCUUCUCAUGCUCAAUCCAUUUCUUUCAUAUCUGUGUUUGCUGUUUUGUCUGUUAUGGAAUGGCUUGGAACCAAUAAAGUCUCUUUUUUCCUCAGCGGCUUCAUCCUAGCAUUGGGUUCAUACUUUAUAAAGUUAAGGGUUUCUCAGAAACUACACACUAGCAGCCAAGUGGUGGUUGGUGCAAUCGUGGGUUCAGUUUUCUGCAUCUUAUGGUACACAACGUGGAACUCGCUUCUCCUUGAAGCCUUCGAGUCAUCUCUAUUAGUCCAAAUAUCUGUGUUUCUUGUUGCAGCUGCCUUGGCAUUAUCUUUUGCAGUGUAUGUUGUAUUUAACUGGUUCAAAGACGACAGAUGA